AUGUUUAAAGGUCUCACAGAUUAUAACACUUUGAAUGAAUUGGAAAUCAAUAAACUUGGAGAGUUAUUGAGCUUGUCCAAAAUAUUUGAGUACCUGUCCAGUAAACACUUGUUAAAACUGAAGGACAUAACACAAUACCUUAAGAUUACUCCUAAAAGAUCGGAAGAGACUGUUAAAGAAUUGCUAAGUUUUAGCAAAGGGUUGAGUGGAUUCACUAAUGAUAAUGACAUCUCAGUUAUAGCUAGAUUAUUUGUGCAAGUUUCUACCCCUAUGGAACCGGGACCGAAUAAUAUUGGAAUUGGACGAAACUUUUUCGCAUUUACGUGCGAUUCGUGUAAGUAUUUCUUUAGACGCUAUGCACUCAACGAUAAGCCAUUUAAAUGUCCAACGAGUGGGAAAUGUGUUAUAAACCCACAAACAAGAUCUUUGUGCAAGAAAUGUAGACUUCAUAAAUGUUUUGAAGUUGGAAUGAGAAAGGUACCUACAGAAUUAAUACGAAGUGAUGCCGAAAAUCAAUUGAGAAAACUUGAAGUCCGGGAGAAUAAACGCAAACUAAACUUAUUAAUCAAAUACAAGAACUCUGUUGAUUCAGAAUAUUCUGGUUAUUCAACAAGCAGUUUAUUACCACGGUCAUAUGGAAAUGAUGAAAGGGAUUUUAUUUUAGAUUUAAUUGAAAAUACUCUGAAUAUAAGUGAUGAACAGAUUAAGGAAAUUGAAAGCUAUUUGUCCCUGACCACAUCAAAUACUUACCUAUCAUUAGAUGAGAUAUUAGCAAAAUAUGAGAAAUUCUUUAUAACUCCUGUAUUCAGAGAACUCGUGGAUUAUAACGGGUUGAAUGAAUUGGAGUCCAAUCGGAUAUCCGAGUUAUUAAACGCGUCUAAAAUAAUAAACAAUCCCAUGACUAAAAAUAAUUUUAUAAUAACUGAUUGGGAAGAGUUAGUUAAAGUGACAUCUUAUAGGACCGAGGUGCAGAUCCAAGAAUUUAUAAAUUUUUGCAAAACAUUUAAUGGAUUAUCAAAUCUAUGUCCAACUGAUCAGUCCAUAUUAAUUAAGUACGGAUUAAUGGAGUUAUUUGUAAUCUAUCAUCUAUUAUGCUAUAAUAAGGAUACUCAGAAAUUUACAUUAUAUUUAAUUAUAUGGAUUAUUAUCACUAUUUCGGACCACGCUCAAUUAGCGAUGGAGUGUCUGCUGAUAUCCUCAAGUUUCAGGUUCUUAAGCGUCAAAUCAAUCUCUUCUUCGACCACUUUAGCGACCAUUGAAGAGACGGCUGAUAUGAGGAGACAAACGAAACCCAAUUUAAAGCACCCGUUUUGCUGUAAGUAA